AUGUCAGACAACUCCCCAACCUACGUCUCGCCAGAUGGCAUUCUGUACAUCGCGGGCGGCGACAACUCCAACUGCACGGUGUCCGCAUGUCCCGUCGAGAUCAGCGUCUACGGGUAUCGCCCCUCGCUAGGAGCCAGCGGGGCUCUCAUCGGCCUGUAUGCGGUGUGCAUGGUCAUUCAGAUCCUCCUGGGUUGGCGCUACAGAGCCUGGGGCUUCAUGGCCGCCAUGCUGCUCGGCUGUAUUGACGAAAUCCUCGGAUAUGUUGGGAGAAUUCUGCUAUGGCAGAACCCUUGGGGACAUCCAGGCUUUAUUAUGCAGAUUGUCCUGAUCACCAUCGGCCCCGUCUUCUUCUCAGCCGCCAUCUAUGUGAUGCUCUCCCAAAUAAUCACAUAUAUCUCCGUCCAACACUCCCGCUUCAGACCACAGUUCUUCUACUAUAUCUUCAUCCCCUGCGACAUCAUAAGCCUGAUCCUCCAAGCCGUCGGCGGCGCCAAAUCCUCCACCUCGAACGGCGCAGAUGCCUCAGGCGUCAAUAUCGCCCUGGCCGGUCUGGCAUUCCAGGUUGCCACACUGGUCGUCUUCGUCAUCAUGACAGUGGACUACUUCAUCCGCAGCCGCAGUGUCUGGCGCAGCGUGCGUCUACCGAGGAGAUUCUUGGUCUUUGUGACCUUUCUGUCGCUGGCCACGCUCUUCAUCCUCAUUCGAUGCUGCUAUCGUGUGUACGAGCUCAACGAGGGGUAUUCGCGGGACAGCGAGGCGUUGAGAGACGAGGAUCUGUUUGUUGGAUUGGAGUCGGUGAUGGUUAUUCUGGCAGCUUAUUGCUUGAUCGUGGCCCAUCCAGGUGUGGGAUUCAACCGGGGCGAACGCGGUCUCGUGGUCGAUGAAAAGACGGGUCAGGUUGAAGAACGCACAUUGGAUCAGAGCGGAGCGGGUUUGGUCCCCAAAUCUGCCGCGUUGCAUAAUACUGUCUGA